AUUAACAUGAAAUUUAUCGCGCUAGCUUUUAUUCUAGAUAGGCGCAUUUAGCUUAUAAUAUGUCCUUCCUCUAGCUUAGUAUAGAUUGCUGGAUCUACGAGUGAGCAAGACGCAACACGAUGAAAAUAUGUCGUCCUUCGCUUUCAUCGAUGUCGGUGAGCCAUCCGCGGAUAGAAGACGGCGCAAUGCAAACCAGGCGCGAUCGCUCGUUAUGACACAGCGGAGACGACGUGAACGAGUGUUGAAGAAUGCAUCAGCACGGUCGGAACAACAAAUCGCUGCAUCAGAGAAAGACGACGAAGUAGAAGCACCUCUCACGCAUCCGCAAGGUCGCUCCCCCCCAGUCUUUCUCACAACCUGGAAUGAGAAUACAACCGAUGUCUUCUACUCUGCGCUUUUGCGUCAAGGAUUGCAGUCCGAAGGGCUUAGCAACUCAAGUAUAUUAGAGAGCAGUCUUGAGGCGCUUCGUGGAUAUAACAAACCCGUGACAAUACACAUGCACAAGCUCAUCAAUCAUGUUAUUCAGAUCAUCUGGCCAAAGUAUUGGCCAUCUAAGGACCUCGGUCAAGCCAGCCCGCUCGUGAAUGAGUGGUGGCCGAUGUUUUCUCACAAUCCUGCCGUGUUUCAUGGAUUCUUAUAUGCCGCAGCAGUCCAUCAUGACGAUCUUCUGGGUCGAACAGAAAUAAGCCAAUCGCGUGAGAUAUUGCUGCAUAAACAUGAAGCGUUUAAGCGACUGCAGGUGGCUAUCAACGAUAUCCGCAGACCAGAAGCUAUCAAUGAGUCGUUUGUGCUCGCAAUGGCUUACCUGGGGAUGGAAAGUGAUGAGCAUGAUAGAGAUCGUGAGUCUGUCGAAUCCUGCCCAUUCAAUGCACCUGGAAUAUUACAAAGCAUCCAGUGGACAAGGCAUUAUGCAUACGCGAAAGAAAAUGCACAUAUACAGGCAGCAACUAGGCUGAUUGGUCUUAAAGGAGGACUUGAUGGUUUAAGUUUACCUCUGGCCAAGUCGAUGGCUAUAAAUGAUCUCCAGAUCGCCGCAAAGUAUAUCCGAAAGCCUGUUUUCCCCUUUUGGGACAUUGCAGAGAUCGUUCGGGCGUUUGAAGACCCCAAUGUGAACGCCGUCCCUGAGGAUACUAAUCAACUACCUACUUGCCUAGGCUUUCAAUCGCUACUUUCUUUGGGUCUUCCAUUGCAACUCUCCGGGAUCUUACGGCGUACCGCGCUAAUCAGCAGAAAGAUUGAUUUUUACAGCAGAGGCGAACUGCUUCAAGCAGAUUUUCACGUCCUCCUGUGCGAGAGAAAUUAUGUGCACCAUAACUUACUGAGCACUCCAAGUGCAAUAGAAAUUGGGCUUGUGAACCAAGAACAUCACAUCUACGAAUGCUGCCGAAUUGGAGGCCUUCUGUUUUCCACAGGCGUACUGUAUCCUUUGCCGCCUUCAACCGGGGCCCCGAACCGGCUUGUUCAGAUCGCAAAGCGCGUGGUUGAGAGCAUUAGUCUUGAAACUUGCAUGCUUGGAGGUGGCAAGCUGUUAAUUUGGAUGAUUGUUCUCGCAGCGAUCAUGGCACGAGACACAAUUGAAAGACCCUGGUUUCUGAAGAGACUGAAAGCGAUGUUAGCAAUGGAAAAUAUCACAUCAUGGAGCGACCUUAAAUCUGCGCUAGUGACGUUUUUAUGGAUGGACAGUGCUUGCGAUGAUGCUGCAAAGUGCCUCUACGAAGAUCUAUCUCGGCCGCCAUUUCUUUAGAGGUUCGGGCAACAUGACAUUGGUUCUAUGAUUAACGUUGAUACGCUCUGUAUCAUCAUUGCUAUAUCCGCAGUAUUCUGGACAAGAGUAUUACGAUGACUUGCUCGCUAAAUCAAAU